UUGGUUUUCAUCUUUCCUUUUAGAAAAGAUGCAAAUGCUGCCUUGCUGAGUAACUUUGAGGUGUUCCAGUUACUCACUGACCUUAAGCAGCAGCGCAAAGAGAGUGGGAAAAACAAGCAGAGCUCUGGCCAGCAGAACCUGAACACAAUCAUGUAUGAGACACUGAAGUACAUCUCAAAAACACCCUGUAGGUACCAGAGCCCCGAGACUGUGAGAGAAUUCCUCAUUGCAAUGAAAGGCCAUAAGCUGACCAAGGCAGAAAAGCUCCAGCUGCUGAACCACAGGCCUGUGACGGCAGUUGAAAUCCAGCUGAUGGUAGAAGAAAGUGAGGAAAGGCUCACAGAGGAGCAGAUCGAGUCACUUCUCCAGACAGUCACGAGUAUUCUUCCAGGGGAUCCAGAAGAACAACAGAGAGACUCGGCAAUGGCAGUGGAAGACAAAGACCUUAAUUUAUUUCGGAGGAUUCCCAUGGCACGUGAACUAGAAGAUAACUCAGACUAGAAGGUCUCCUUACUUCGAAGUGACAGUCUUUAA